AUGGCAAUGUUGGUAACGAGUAAAUUGAACGAAGCGCUAUGUUGGUUAAGAGAAGAGUUCCAUGAGAUAUUAACAGACAUCGACUUUGAAAAGAGCGAAUUCAAUUUGAAUGAAUUAUGUAAAAUGAUAAAUAAUAAAAUAAAGAAUAGUUUAAAUAAUAUAAACCAUAUGAGUAGUAUAUGUGAUGAAAAAUUUCUAGAGGAUAAAGAAAAACAAGAAUGUAUAGAUAAUAAAGAUAUAAUAAGUUGGAAUAAUUUAAAUUAUUCUGUUUUUCAUUAUGUAAAUAUAUAUAAUAAAAUUCAUGAAGUUUUAUUUAUUGAAGAAGAUGAUUUUUAUUAUAAUUAUGAUGAACAUAAUGUAUAUGUCAGAAAAAAGUUUUCACCAAAUUUACUUUUCCAUCCUUUAAUAUAUACAAUUGAUUGUGCAUAUUUUAAUUUCCUUCUUUCUUUUAUUUCUGAAAGGAAAAGUAGUGAUUCUUCAUUUUGUUUUUUACCAAAGGAAGAAUUAAAAACAAACGAAAGUAUUAAUUGUGGUGACGAUACAAAAUGUUGUCAAGAUGUAAUAAAUAAUCAUCCUUUUGGAAAUUAUAAUUUUAAGGAAAGUGAACAUUCUCAUAAUUUGCACACACAAAAAAAUUCACCUGAACAAGCAAUAAUAAAAAAAAGAAAAAAAAAGAUAACCUAUAUUUAUGACAACGAUUAUAAUUUCAAACAAAAUUUUAUUAUCACUAAAGAGGAAUAUGCAAACAUUUGUAAAGAGUUUUCAAAAGUGUAUGAUAUUAAAAAGUACAUAGAUGAUCAGUCUGAUGAGUUAUACAAUUUUGAUAGGAAAGAGAGGUGUGCAGGUAAAGUGGAUAACACAAAUGGGGGAAAUAAGACAAAUGAGCCAAAUGAGCCAAAUGGGCCAAAUGGACCAAAUGAGCCAAAUGAACCAAAUGAGCCAAAUAUACCAUAUGAUAAAAACCAUAUGUUAUAUUUUGAUGAUAAGAAAGAAAUUAUUGACAUAAAACAAAGUAGAUACGAUAUGAAAAGAUUGUAUAAAUUUAGUUUACAGAAUAAAAUAUAUAUGAUCGAUAAUAACUUGAAUGAGAAAAUAAAAACAUAUAAUGGCGAUAUUACGAACAUAAAGAGUCAUGCUAUUGUUUUGUUUGCAAAUAAUAAUUAUAGAUAUUCGAAAGAUAUUUGUAACAAUUUAUUUUCAUCAAGUUUAAUGAAAUUAGAAGAAGAAGAGAAGUUUGAAAUAAAGAAUAAAAAAAGUGGAGAAGUAUAUUUAACAAAUAGUUAUGAUAAUAUACAUAAAUAUAUAUUACAUAUUAUGUUACCUAAAUAUAAUAGUAAAUUUAUUUUAGCUACACAUAAUACUAUGAAUUUAUGUGUUUAUGAAAUUUUAUAUGUAUGUUUUGAAAAAAAAAUAGAAACCUUAACUAUUCCAAUAAUCAAUUUUCAUAUGUUCUUCCCAAUAAAUAUAUUCUUAAUAACAUUAUUAAAAAGUAUACGUUCUCUAAUUAUGAUCCCUCAAUUUUAUAAUACAAUCAAAAGUAUUAUAUUUGUAACGAAAUCGAAUCAUAUCUAUUUCCUUCUAUUGAAAUAUAUGUCCAUAUUUUUCCCAAGAAAUAAUCAAGAAAGGUAUCUCUCGACCAACAUAUCUAUAGUGGGAAAUAAAUAUGGGGCCAUUGAUGUUCGGAAUAGGAGCAUCCGCAUUUUUAGGAGUUUAAGGCGAAUAAGACGAAAAAAAAAAUUUCAUCAAAUGGGAAAUGUGGAUAAUACCAAUAACGUAGAUAAUAUUAAUAAUAUAGAUAAUACAAAUAACAUGGAUAAUAUUAAUAACGUAGAUAAUAUUAAUAAUAUAGAUAAUAUUAAUAACAUUGAUAAUACUAACAACAUUGAUAAUACUAAUAACAUGAAUAACAAUAUUGUUGUACAAGAAAAACUUCAUUUAUCAGACGAUAUACAAUUUUAUAGUAAUGAUCAUAAAUUUAAUAUAUAUGAAAAAGAAAAAAAGAACGAUUUUGAAAACUAUUCAUAUAACAAAAGUUUGUCAUCUUCAUGUUAUACAUCCAAUAAUUCGAUGUCUUAUGAAACAUCAGACGAAUCGUCACAUAGUAUUUCAUUUUCAUCAUCCCAUAUAUCCUACUCAUCUUCUUCUUGUUCCACAAUUUUUAAACAUGGAGAUACCGACUUUAUCAAUUUAAAAGAUGAAAAAGAAAGUCAUAAAAAUUUCUUUCAUCUAAAUCAAAUAGAAAGAAAAGAAGAUUUCAAUUUAGAAAACUGUAUACGCUUAGCUUAUAUGUAUGAUAAAAAAAAGAAAUUUGAGGAACUCAAAAAAUAUUAUUUUAUUUAUGAAUAUGGAUUAGAUCAACUAGGUAGACCUACCAUCGUGAUAAAUUUUGUUCACUUCCCGUUAGUAUAUGAUAAUCAUUUAUUAUUUUUUUAUUUAAUAUUUUAUUUUAAUAAUAUUAUGAGAAACCAUUUUGUACUUUUAUUUAUUUUUUCUGAAAACAUUUCUACGAACAUUACCAGUAUCUUAUCUCUUUUUAAGGAUAUUUUUCAACUCAUACAAGAAUUUUUAAAAAACUUAAAAAUCGUUUACUUUUUUAAUUAUUCCUUAAUGUUUAAAUUUUUUAUAUAUGUCUUAUAUCCUUUUAUACCUGCGACCAUAUACGAGAACAUUAUUUAUUUGAACGACACGACAGAAUUAUCCAAACAUUUUGACGUGAAAAAGGUUUUGGAAAGAUGCUAA